GGCUCAGGCGUCGGAGCGGGCGGCCGCGGGCGCCGCCGCCUCCUCCUCCAUGGCUGUUUACCCGGCUGCAUUGUGGGAGUUUGACCUCCGCCGCCGCCAACCGCCGCCUCAGCCUGCGCCGCCGCCGCCGCCGCGCACGCCAUGGGAGCCGUGACUGACGACGAAGUCAUACGGAAGCGCCUCCUCAUUGAUGGAGACGGCGCUGGAGAUGAUCGGAGAAUCAAUCUGCUAGUGAAAAGUUUCAUUAAAUGGUGCAACUCUGGGUCCCAGGAAGAGGGAUACAGCCAGUACCAACGUAUGCUCAGCACGCUGUCCCAAUGUGAAUUUUCAAUGGGGAAAACUUUGCUGGUAUAUGAUAUGAAUCUCAGAGAAAUGGAAAAUUAUGAAAAAAUUUACAAAGAAAUAGAAUGUAGCAUUGCAGGAGCACAUGAAAAAAUUGCUGAGUGCAAAAAGCAAAUUCUUCAAGCAAAGCGAAUACGAAAAAAUCGCCAAGAAUAUGAUGCUUUGGCAAAAGUGAUCCAGCAUCAUCCAGACAGACAUGAGACACUAAAGGAACUAGAGUCUCUGGGAAAAGAACUGGAGCAUCUUUCACAUAUUAAAGAAAGUGUGGAAGAUAAGCUGGAACUGAGACGGAAACAGUUUCACGUUCUACUUAGUACCAUCCACGAACUUCAGCAAACGCUGGAAAAUGAUGAAAAGCUCUCCGAAGUAGAAGAAGCUCAAGAAACCAGCAUGGAAACAGACUCCAAGCCAUAGACAGGCUAAUCCUUCACCAUUCCCAAGAAUACGGAAGUAACAACAUGCUCACUGUGUUUGGAACUUGUACUCUUGAGAUUUAAAGUUUUGGCAGUGAACUACUUUGCUUUGAAAUGUUAAUGCACUGUUCAUUCCGAUUUCUUUACACAAAGGGAAAAGACUUUAAUAUCGAUUUGUUUGUAUUGAAAUGCCUUUUUUAUUCUUGAAAGGUAGGAAGCAACAUCCCAAAAUGUUUAGUAGAAUGUUUUCAAGCCAGAUAUGUUUUGUGCUCAGUAGUGUUGUAGGUAGUUUUUAACUGGUAACACUGAUUGGCUUAUAAACUAAGUUGAAGGUUGUGAGAAAGCAGCAUUUCCAGGAUGUGGGUGAGAAAAUGAGUCAAUCUGGAAAUUGUUACCACUUUUGAAAAUGGAGUUCAUGAAUAGGCUUCAAGAGGGCUGCAAAUUUGUGAAAUUAUGUUCAAAAUAGGGGUAGCGUAUGCUCAUUUGGGGAGAAGUUGCAUGAUACUAACAAUCGGUGGUGUAAGAGGUAAUUAUAAGAUGAAAGCAAAUCAAUAUGCAUUGCUUUCUAGAUCUCUCUCCUCAACACUUGAGCAAUGUGGUUAUAAAAUGUUUUGUUAAUAUGUUUUCUCCUACUGUUUGAUUAUGUAGGGGUCAUUUUCAGCAGAAAAAAAAAUUGAUAAAGAAAAAGUUGUCUCAGAAAAACAGUCUGUUAAGAUGGUCUUGCAUAAAGGAUUUCAUCAUCUUAAAAAUUAAGCUAAGGCUGAAUCAUUUGUAAUUUUCUUAAGUAUGGAAUUUAAUGCUCAGUACUUGUUAGGUUCCAUCCUUACCAUUUAUUUUAGUUCGGAAACAUGACAGUUCGCAUGAAUCAUACUUUAAACAAUGUUAAAUUUUUGUAAUCUUAAGAAUUCUUAUCUUUAAAUAUGAAAGUUGAAAAUUAGCUCAGUAGUAGUCAUAUUAAAAGUGUCAUAAUACCUUUAA